AUGAUGUCCGAUAUGUCGGCGGGGGAUCCUUUCCUCCAGGUCCAAGCAGAUGUCCUCACGCUAUUGCAUACCACCCGCUCCCUCUUCUCUUCCUACCUUCGUAUUCGCUCCUCAGCAUCCUCUUCCAAUUCUCCCGAACUCUCCGAAGCACGAACGGAACUCGAGUCGACUCUUCAGGAUUUGAGCGCCGACCUCCGUGAUCUGGUCGAGAGCGUGAAGGCGAUCGAGAGCGAUCCAUAUAGAUAUGGUCUGGAAAUCGAUGAGGUCGAGCGCCGGAGGCGGUUGGUUGAAGAAGUUGGAGGAGAGGUCGAAGAUAUGCAUGAGGAGCUGAAAAAGACCGUUCAAGAAGUUGAGCAAAAUAACCAGAGUCAUGGCGGAAGGAACUUGGACAUGCUUCCGGAUCCUGAUGAAUUCGAUGAACCGGACCAAUAUGCAGCUUUCGAGCAAGAGCGACAAAUGGAGUUGAUGCAUGAGCAGGAUCAAGCCUUGGAUGGCGUCUUCAAAACCGUCGGCAACCUCCGAUCUCAGGCAGAUACCAUGGGUCGGGAAAUUGAAGAGCAGGACGAACUUUUGAAGGACGUUGAUGUGGUUGCUGACCGUGUCGGUGGGAAACUUCAGAGUGGUAUCAAGAAAAUCGGACAAGUCAUCAAAAAGAACGAAGAUCCAUUAUCGAGCUGCUGUAUUGCAGUCCUCAUCUUCGUCCUAAUCCUGUUACUUGUCCUUUUACUCGUGCUAUGA